AUGACGAAAUCAUUAUCACGAAAUUAUGAAAUUAAGAAAUUACUGCGAAAGCGGAGACGUUUAAACAUUCUUUCGCCAGCACCUUCUAGAGGAUCUGUCCUCAGCCUUUCCCCUGUCGAGUCACAAACACCAGAUGAAGGUUCGAAAUUGAAUGAUACGAUUGUUGCAAUGCUUUCUGCAGCAACAGAGAACAUGCAAGAACUUUCCGAAAAAGAGUUGCAGUGCUUCUUCGAGCCACCAGAAAGUCAGGAAGAACUGGAAUUGCAACAGUCGGAAUUAUUUGUACCACCAGAGAGUGUCGAAGAACUAAAUCAAGUCAAAAUGAAACGAGAUAUUGAGCUAAAAACAAUUUGCAAGAUGUGUCACCAGAAACUAUCAUUAGCCGAACAAGAGAUUAAGUGUCUUUGCCAACAAGUGUUCUGUAAAAGACAUCGUGCACCAGCAGCUCAUCUAUGUCCGAUCGAUUAUAAGCAGACAGGACGUAGCAGAAUCUUCAAAGAGAAUUCCAAACCUUCUUGUCGACGUACGCAUCGAGUUCCCAUGUCUGAGUAG